UAGGAAAAAGCUGUGACUUAAUUAUUUUUCUUUUUAUUCUUCCUUGGUUUUGUUGGUGCUGCAGCAGUAAACCAGUGGGAAGAAGAAUCCUAAAGGAAAGUUUUGUAUCUGUGAGAAGAAGGAUAAACCCUAAAAAUGUCAGGUGUUACAAACCAACAAGAGGAAGAGAAGAAACCCAAUGAUGCCGCUGGAGGAGCACACAUCAACCUUAAGGUCAAGGGACAGGAUGGGAAUGAAGUGUUUUUCAGGAUCAAGAGAAGCACUCAAUUGAGGAAGCUCAUGAAUGCUUACUGUGAUCGUCAGUCUGUGGAUUUUAACUCAAUUGCCUUUCUCUUUGAUGGCCGCCGUCUCCGAGGGGAGCAGACUCCCGAUGAACUUGAAAUGGAGGAUGGGGAUGAAAUUGAUGCUAUGCUGCACCAAACUGGUGGCAGCCCUUUCUAGUUCCGACUGUAUCUGUAAAAAAGAAGAGCGAAGCUGAAAGUCGUACCUCGAUGGCUCUACUAGGUUCGGAGAUAGAAUUAUAUAUGUAGGAUUAUGAGAAAUAUUUUCCUUGUCUUUAACAUCAGAUUGUGGCCCUGACAGACUAUAUAAUACCUGGAUUGGGCAAAUGCUGGUUCCCCUAAAUGUAUUAGAAUGUAUGCAAUCUCUCUUUUCUUGGAUUUACAAAUUAGUGUUUUAGAUUUAUGAAGCAGUCAUAUCCUCAUCACUGUUCAUAGAUUUCUUUUUUAGCAGUUCGUUUAUAGAUUUCUUUUUCUUUUUA